AUAUUAUAAGCACUAUUAUUUGACAAUGGUUCAUCUCUUUGUUUUGUUCUGCUUUUGGCACCUGUUUGUUGCGUUUGGUGUUGAUGCGGAUGGAAUGAAAUUAGUGUCAGUGAUGAAAGGAGAUUCAGUCACUCUAAAUUCUGGUCUUACUGAAAUAAUGGAUGAUGAUCUGAUUCUGUGGUGGUUUUUAGCUCAAGACACUUUAAUAGCUCAAAUUAAAGUAAAGGAUGGCAGCUUCACUGUGUAUAAUGAUGUUCUUGAUGGGAGAUUCAGAGACAGACUGAAGCUGGAUCAUCAAACUGGAUCUCUGACCAUCACAGACAUCACAACUGAACAUGCUGGACUCUAUAAACUUAAGUCCAACAAUGUGCGUGAGAGAUUCAGUCUUACUGUCCAUGCUCCCCUGUCUGUUCCUAACUCAUCAUCAUUGUCGUCAUUAUCAAAAUGUGAAUAUCCUGACAUCACUGAACUCUGUCAGACAUGUGCAAAGGUUCAUGUCCACGGUUGUGAUACUGUUGAAGCUGUGAUCCGAUUGGUCGUCACUGCUUUGAUGGGCGUGGCUGCAGCGGCUGCGGCUAUUCUUCUGGUCAUUGACAUUAGAUCUACAAGAGGAGUGUUUGCUGAUAAAGAUGAAGUGAAGUCAGUAUUAGUGAUGGAGGGAGAUUCAGUCACUCUAAAUUCUGGUCUUACAGAAAUGAUGGAUGAUCAUCUGAUUCUAUGGAGGUUUGGAACUGAAAACACUUUAAUAGCUGAAACUGAUGUAAUGACCAACAGCAUCACUAUAUAUGAUGAUGUUCUUGAUGGGAGAUUCAGAGACAGACUGAAGCUGGAUCAUCAAACUGGAUCUCUGACCAUCACAAACAUCACAACUCAACAUGCUGGACUCUAUAAACUAUUGACCAACAGCGCAAGCAAGAAUUUCAGUCUCACUGUUUAUGGUGACUGUCUGCCUGUUCCUGUCAUCAGCAGUAACUCUUCACAAUGUUCUUCAUCAUCAUAUUCAUCAUCAUCAUAUUGUUCAUUGUUGUGUUCAGUGGUGAAUGUGAGUCAUGUGAGUCUCUCCUGGUACAAAGGAAACAGUUUAUUGUCCAGCAUCAGUGUGUCUGAUCUCAGCAUCAGUCUCUCUCUACCUCUGGAGGUGGAAUAUCAGGAUAAAAACACCUACAGCUGUGUGAUCAACAAUCCCAUCAGCAACCAGACUCAACAUCUGGACAUCAGUGAACUCUGUCACACAUGUGCAGGUAUAACAGCACUAAUAUCUGUGUUUAGUCACUGA